AUGCCAAUGGGCGCAUCUCCAUCUCAGCUCUAUGCCAACUCUUUGGACUUCCCAAUGAGACAGCACAUGACUUCAAGGAGAACUCAAAGAGGAAACAAGCUGCCUUUGCUGAUUGGACACACUUUGCCAAUGAACCAUUCUUGCCUUCAAGUCAAAGACAUCCCAAGCCUACGCUCAGGUGUUGUCACUUUCCAGCCCAAGGAGGAAGACUUCUAUGUUCCAUCAAGUGAGAAACCAUCAUUCCCCAUCCUCACCUAUCGCACACUUCAGCGCACAGUCAAAGCUCAACGCCGCCACCAAGAACGCCAUGUUCUCACACUGGCAUGGCGCGCACCAAGCUCUAGACCGUGUGAGCAAGCUGGAGAAGAUGUGGAGUGCCAAUCUCGCUUCAUCUCACGCCUAGUUCGUGUAGUUCGCCACAUUGCACCGGAGAGACUCUUUCGCCCUUCUUCCACCGCUAGAGAGCCAUAUGAGCCUGACCUUGGUGAGUUCUCACUAGACUCAGAGCUUGGUUCAGAAGGCGAUGACCCCAUAGAUGAGGAAGAGAGUUCUUCUCACUGCCACACAUAG